AGGCAGGGAGGUCAGACACAGGCGGGACGCGAUCCUCGGACACAGGAGCUAUGGGUGGAGAAGCGAUUGCACUCUGGCCAUAGACAAGUUGCGGAGCGUGUGGCUGACAUGACUGGGAUAUCUGAGACUCACAUCAGCAAGGGGAAGUCCCUGGGUGAGUGCCCCGUGUGCUAUGAGAAAUUCCACCCGCUGGAGGCUGCCCAGAGGACACUGAGCUGUGGACACACCUUCUGCCAUGACUGCCUGGUGAAGUGCCUGCUCUCAUCCAGGCUAGACGGGCAGGUCCAGAACAAUCUCAUCUGCCCCAUCUGCCGCUACGUGACAUUCCUCAGCAAGAAGGUGACCCUCUGGCCUCCCAAACCAGGGGAGUCCCCCCAACCUCUGGAGCUGGCUCUCUCACCCUCCUUGUUGCCCCACCUAGCAAAGUCAGGGCCAGACAACACCUUGGUGGUCCCCAGCCAUUUUGUGAUGCCAGUGCAGAGCUAUGACAGAAGCGACAACAUGUGUGGUGUCCCCAUGGACUCAAUGGCCAUGCCGGCCGGCCUGGCUCGGGAAGCCCAUGUCUUCGUGAUCAGUGAUCAUGGGAUGCCGCUGGUGGAGGAGAACUGUAGGUCAGUGGUUAGGGGACACGGCACAGAGGCGCCAGAGUCAGGGGCAUCCAUGAGUUCCCUUGGGAUGCGGUGCUGCCAGUCACCCAUUGUACUGGCUGUUCUCCUCAUCUCAACAGUUGCCCUGUUGGCGGCUGUGUUCCCUUGGGUCCUGUUGGUGAAGAGGAGUUCCUGAGCGGGACUGGAGAAUGCUCCAAACACGACCCAGGCAGAGAGCUGUGCCUAGAACCCAACUUGCAGAGAUGCCCAGUGCCCCCAGGCGAAUGACCCCUUCUCUUGGGCACAAUGCAGGAUCCUUGGAUUGUCUGCAAUAUGGAAAUCCUGCAGAUGGCAAUGAUGCAAAUACCUGUGGGCUUGCUGGCCAGUGCUUGCGUGGGAAACCUCUGAGGAAUGCCCAGAGGUUGCAGGAAAUGGCGCCGUGACUUAGCAAGCAUUGCACUUCGUUCUGACCGAGGGGCUGAACCGGUGCCCCGGUGAGGUGCUGGGGGCCGUGCGCCAGAGUCAGUGGGUGGGUGGUGCUGAGACAGCUCAGGGGCACAGGGCUGGUGGAGGUGCCACCUUGGAGCCAAGAGGCCAUGCCAAGGACUUGGCCGCUUGUGAUAAACGCGUUCAGACACCAAGU